AUGGCACCUGCUUCAGGCCCUAGUCUGCUGCUGCUGCUGCUGACCAGCCUCCCCCUGGCCCUGGGAGACCCCUUGUACUCCUUGAUCACCCCCAACGUGCUGCGGCUGGAGAAUGAGGAGACUAUGGUGCUGGAGGCCCACGAAGCACAAGGGAACAUUGACGUUACUGUCACUGUCCAAGACUUUCCGGCCAAGAAGCAGGUGUUGUCCAGCGAGAACACCGUGCUGACCGCAGCCAGCGGCCACCUGGGCACCGUCACCAUCAAGAUCCCGGCCACUAAGGAACUACGGGCCACCAAGGGGAACAAGUUCGUGGUCGUCCAAGCGUCCUUCGGGGGCGUCAUAGUGGAGAAGGUGGUGCUAGUUAGUCUUCAGAGCGGGUAUGUCUUUAUCCAGACAGACAAGACCAUCUACACUCCGGGCUCCACAGUCCUUUACCGGGUCUUCUCCGUGGACCACGAACUGCUGCCCGUGAGCCGCACAGUGAUCGUCACCAUAGAGACCCCAGAAGGUGUUCCCAUCAAAAGAGACCCCCUGUCUUCUCAAAACCAGUUUGGCAUCUUAACUUUGUCUUGGGACAUACCGGAGCUGGUCAACAUGGGGCAGUGGAAAAUCCGAGCCCACUAUGAGGAUUCUCCUCAGCAGAUCUUCUCCACUGAGUUUGAAUUGAAGGAGUAUGUGCUGCCCAGCUUCGAAGUCGAAGUGGAGCCAGCAGAGAAAUUCUAUUACAUCCAUGAUCCCAAGGGCCUGGAGGUCACCAUCAAGGCCAGGUUCUUAUAUGGGAAGAACGUGAAUGGAAUGGCCUUUGUUCUCUUCGGUGUGCAGGAUGGCGACCAGAGGAUUUCACUGACAGACUCCCUCACUCGAGUUGAGAUUGAGGACGGGGUGGGCGAUGUGGUGCUGAGCCGAGAGGUCUUGCUGAAUGGAGUACAGCCCUCCAGAGCGGAUGCCCUUGUGGGGAAAUCCUUAUACGUGUCGGUCACUGUCAUCCUGAACUCAGGCAGCGACAUGGUGGAAGCCGAGCGCAGCGGGAUUCCCAUCGUGACCUCCCCCUACCAGAUCCACUUUACCAAGACGCCCAAGUACUUCAAGCCUGCCAUGCCCUUCGACCUCAUGGUCUUCGUGACAAACCCCGAUGGCUCUCCAGCCGGCCAAGUCCCGGUCGUGGCCCAGGAUACCACAGUGCAGUCUUUAACCCAGGAUGAUGGUGUGGCCAAGCUGACCAUCAACAUGCCCAACAGCCGGAAGCCGGUGACCAUCACAGUAAAAACAAAGAAGGACGGCAUCCCAGAGGUGCAGCAGGCUUCCAGAACCAUGCAAGCCGAGCCCUACAACCCCAUGGGCAACUCCAACAACUACCUACACCUCUCUGUGCCGCGCUUUGAAUUCAAGCCGGGCGACACCAUCAAUGUCAACUUUCACCUGCGAGCCGACCCUCAGCUGCAGAACAAGAUCCACUACUACACCUACCUGGUCAUGAACAAGGGGAAGCUCCUGAAGGCAGGGCGCCAGGUGCGGGAGGCAGGCCAGGACCUGGUGGUGCUCCCUCUGACCAUCACCACCGACUUCAUCCCCUCCUUCCGCCUGGUGGCCUAUUACACACUGAUGGGCAGUAACGGUCAGAGGGAGAUCGUGGCUGACUCUGUGUGGGUGGACGUCAAGGACUCCUGCGUGGGCACGCUGGUGGUCAAAGGUGGAGACAAAGAUGAGAAAUACAUGCCAGGAAAUCAGAUGACCCUUAAGAUAGACGGUGACCAUGGAGCCAAAGUAGGCCUUGUGGCUGUGGACAAGGGCGUGUUUGUGCUGAACAAGAAGAACAGACUGACUCAGAGCAAGAUCUGGGACGUAGUGGAGAAGGCCGACAUUGGCUGCACCCCGGGCAGCGGGAAGGACUUUGCUGGUGUCUUCAAGGAUGCAGGCUUGGCCUUUCAGACCAGCAAGGGCCUGCAGACCAGCGAGAGGACAAAUCCUGAAUGUCUGAAGCCAGCCACCCGCCGACGUCGCUCCGUGCAGCUGAUGGAGAAGAGGACAGGCAAAGUGGGCCAGUACAAGGACAAGGAGCUGCGCAAGUGCUGUGAGGGCGGCAUGCGGGAGAACCCCAUGGGGUUCUCGUGUGAACGCAGGACCCAGUACAUCUUGGACAAAUCCUGCAUCAAGGCCUUCCUGGACUGCUGCCUCUACAUCACCCAGCUGAGGCUCGAGCUCCGUCGGAACAGCCCGCUGGGCCUGGCCAGGAGUGAGUCUGACCACGGAGAGCCUGGUCUCAGUGGGGAGGACAGUUCUAACAUGAUCGGCAUGACGCCCACCAUCAUCGCGGUCCACUACCUGGACCACACCGAGCAGUGGGAGAAGUUCGGUCUGGAGAAGCGUCAGCAGGCCCUGGAGCUCAUCAAGAAGGGGUACACCCAGCAGCUGGCCUUCAAACAACCCAACUCCGCCUAUGCCGCCUUCCUGAACCGGCCGGCCAGCACCUGGCUGACUGCCUAUGUGGUCAAGGUCUUCUCUCUGGCCACCAACCUCAUUGCCAUUGACUCCUUGGUCCUUUGCGGGGCGGUCAAAUGGUUGAUUCUGGAGAAGCAGAAGCCAGAUGGCGUCUUCCAGGAGGACGGACCUGUGAUCCACCAAGAAAUGAUUGGCGGCUUCAAGGAAGAUAUGGAGAAAGAUGUGGCCCUCACUGCCUUCGUGCUUAUCGCACUGCUGGAGGCUAAAGAUAUCUGCGAAGGACAGGUCAAUGUAAGUGUCUCAUCCCUGCCCACCAACUACUUGAACCUGAAGAGGCCAUACACUGUGGCCAUCGCCAGCUACCCCCUGGCACAGUUGGACAAGCUGGAGGGCCCAAUCCUCAACAAAUUUCUAAGCACAGCUAAAGAUAGGAACCGCUGGGAGGAGCCCGGCAAGCAGCUAUACAAUGUGGAGGCCACGUCCUACGCCCUCUUGGCCCUGCUGCAUAUCAGAGACUUUGACUUUAUUCCUCCCGUCGUGCGCUGGCUCAAUGAGCAGAGAUACUAUGGCGGCGGCUAUGGCUCGACCCAGGCCACCUUCCUAGUGUUCCAAGCCUUGGCUCAGUACCAGAGGGACGUCCCUGACCACAAGGACCUGAACCUGGAUGUGUCCAUCCACCUGCCUAGCCGCAAUUCCCUGCUCAAUCACCGUAUCUACUGGGAAUCUGCCAGCCUGCUGCGAUCUGAAGCGACCAAGGAGAAUGAGAAUUUUGCAUUAACAGCCAAAGGGAAAGGCCAAGGCACCCUGUCGGUGGUCACAGUGUACCAUGCCAAGCUCAAAGACAAAGUCUCCUGCAAGAAGUUCAACCUUAUGGUCAAUAUAAAACCAGCACCUGUUACAGCUAAGAAGCCUGAGGAUGCCAAAAGCACCAUGACCCUCAACAUUUGUUUCAGGUACCUGGGAGAUCAGGAUGCUACUAUGUCAAUCCUGGAUGUAUCCAUGAUGACUGGCUUCUCCCCGGACACCGCUGAUCUUGACCAAUUAAGCAAAGGUGUUGACAGAUACAUUUCUAAGUAUGAGAUGAACAACGUCUUGUCUAACAAGAACACCCUCAUCAUCUACCUGGACAAGCUGGAAAAGGCCUGCGAGCCUGAUGUGGACUAUGUUUACAAGGCCAAGAUGGUGAGGAAGGAGCUGUCUACUGACUUCGACGAUUACAUCAUGGUCAUCGACCAACUCAUCAAAUCAGGGACCGACGAGGUACAGGUCGGCCAGGAGCGCACGUUCAUCAGCCAUGUCAAGUGCAGAGACGCCUUGAAGCUGACGGAAGGGAAGCUUUACCUUCUAUGGGGUAUCUCCUCUGACCUCUGGGGCGAGAAACCCAACACCAGUUACAUCAUCGGGAAGGACACCUGGGUGGAGCUGUGGCCUGAAGCCGAGGAGUGUCAGGACGAGGAGAACUCGGAGCUGUGUAAACACCUGGACGAAUUCGCCAAUGACAUGAUCUCCUUUGGGUGCUCCAACUGA